AUGGUACGCGUCGCCCGUGCCGGCCGUUCACUGAAUUUGGUCCAGCUCGCGGACGUGGCUCGAGAACUGGCCAUGCUUGACGUACCUGUGGUCAAUACGGCCCAUGUCGGAGAUUCAUGGAAGGACGUCGAACUUGUGGGGGAGAAUUAUGAACUGGACCUUUCGAACCUGGAGGACGAACCAGUGAAAGCCGAAAAGUUGGAAGAAACCGAGUUUUCUUGCUGUGGAAACGUGGAAUCUAUCUUAUACGAACAGCCUGAAAUCCCGAAGGAUAUUGAAGGAAGUAUACCGGAAACAUUUCUGCUGGAGACUUCAAUCACUACUGAUGAGGUGGAAGAUGUCGGAAAACUGAACCGUACCUCUGAAAAUAUGGAAAACUGUAACCGGGAUUGCUCUGAAAGUCAACCUGAUGAUGGUGGAAACGAAGACAUGUCAUUUGCUCCAGUCUCCAUUGCAUCGAAAGACAACGGGUCAUGUCUUGCGCAAUGUGAAACCAAGACGCCGUUCAAAGUGGAUACAGAAGACGUUUACCCCCUACCUGAGCAAGUGCCGGGUGAGGAAGUCCAACCUUAUGCAUCCCGAAUGGAGACUGCUGGAAGUCAUAUCCAGGAUGAUAGGGGAAUGACACAACGCAUGGUGCUCAAUGCGGAGACUUCGUUCAAAGCAAAGCUGAGCACAUUCACAUCCGCCAUUGAAGAGCUACAGUUGCGAGCUGAUUUGUUAGUUUUACGCCCUAACAAGGGGUCCGGAGCAGUGCUGAUCGAUCGGAAUGAUUAUAAGAAGAAGAUGGAAAGUGUUCUUCAUGAUUCCAGCAAGUUUGUACUCGAAGAUGACUGUGAAGACCCUAGAGAACUAGAACAACAGAUAUCGACAGAAGUACAGUUUCUACUAGAAGGACACUUCAUCGAUGAAAGCACAGCUCACCAUCUGAAGCCAAAAGGAACUCAAACUGCACAACUGUAA